AUGUCGGGCUCCCGUGAACACCUUUUGCAGGAUGCCAUCACGGUACGUGAUGGUCCAUGGUCAUAUCAUGUACCUGAUCUCAGAAAUCCUGGUGGUCUUGUCAAAUCAAUUGACCUACACUCCGACUCAACCUCACAAGCAAUCACUUUGAAAUGGACUAAAAUUCCAGGAAACCGAGCGACGUCGAAUAUCAAUCCGGAUCAUCUUAUCCACAUCACAAUAACAAAUUUUCGUUUGCAGGAUAACAGUGUAACGCCUCCUCAACCGGCAACAUCUCGUGAAACGACAGACUACCUCGUUAGAUUCUUGAAAUCGGGGAUCAAACUAAAUGGAACGCACUAUAAUUUCUACGGUCACAGUAACAGUCAACUCAAAUCGCGUUCGUGCUUCUUACGGAAGGGCUCUUCGGAAGAGGUCGACAGAAGUGUCGAAAGCCUCGGAGACUUCGCCAAGAUCAAGACUGUGGCGAAGAAGGUAAAACGGAUUGGCCUUCUCUUCUCCACGGCGGAUAGAGUGAUUGAUGUGGCCCCUAAGAGGUGUCAGGACAUCCCUGAUAUCGAAGAUGGCAACUUUAUAUUUACCGAUGGAUGUGGGCUUAUCUCUUUGGAAUUUGCGGAGUUGCUGGUUCGCAAGAAGCCCAUCGUUUUCAGGAAUCGAAAGUAUUUGCCAUCCGUCUUCCAAAUUAGAUAUCGGGGCUACAAAGGGGUUGUGACGCUCGACAGAGCGAUGAAAGGAGCCGUCUGGCUUCAAUUUCGAAAGUCAAUGAAGAAAUUUGCUGGCUCGGAAGAUCUAUCGUUCGCCGUCGUGGAACACUCAAAGCCAUACACGUACGGAUAUUUGAAUGACGAAACAGCGCUCUUACUCCACUCUCUUGGGAUUUCGAGUGAGGUCUUGCUCGACAAGCAGAAGUCAUUCUUUCACUCCUUGGAUAACGCAACCAAGGAUCCAACUAUGGCAUUUGCAUAUCUGUGCUCGAUCAAUGAGACCGCCCUGGCAGAAAAGCUGUUGAUUGACGGGCUAGAAUCCAUUUCAAAGCAAUUGAAAAAGUUCAUUGCGCAGGAGCAAAGCAAGAUGAUCAACAAACGAGGCGAACAGAAAUGUAGGAUCCUCGUUCCUAGUUCACGUCUCCUCUUCGGCGUGUGUGAUCACAAAGACGUCCUCAAACCGGGAGAGUGUUUCGUCCGGGUGACUCUAAAUGCAGAUGGAAGACCACGGACAAUCACUGGUGUGAAUGUUCUUAUCGCAAGGAAUCCCUGCUUACACCCUGGGGAUCUCCGGAAAUUGAGGGCUGUCGACAAGCCAGAGCUCAGUCAUCUCUCAGAUUUCUUCGUCUGCUGGGACAAAGACCUUGUCCCUACCAACUUGUCCGAACCCGCAGAAUAUCCCGGUGGCAAAGAAAAACCCUCCUUCAAACCAAUUACAAGUGAAGAUCGAAUCGAGUAUUUCGCUCGUUAUACCAGCGCAUCUCUAGGGCGUGUGAAGAAGCUUUUCCUGGGUUGGGCAAGGUACAACGGUCCGCUUAGCAGGGAGUGCCAGGAGCUCAAUAGACUUUUCUCACUUUGUGUCGACGCUAAUAAGAUCACGGUACCGAAGCAUCUGGACGAUCCUCCUCCGCCAUUGGAAGGCCAAGAACCAUUUGUUUUGGAUCUUCUUCAUGAGGCCGCAUUGGCAUAUGUUUCCCAGGCGAGGAAGGACAAAAACAAGAUGAGAGAACACGUCGAGUGUGAUUCUGUAGAAGUGCUCGAAAGUGCUCUUUGCGAUGGUGCUACAAUAUCGACAUUUGAACUUGCGAAAAUCGCUUUUCGAUGGUGCAAGAUGAAUCGGGUUGAUUUUGGGGACAUGGUCAGUCUAAUCGACCUGCAGCAACUCAGUCACGAUGAGCGUUUAUGGCUGCUCGGUGAAUUACCGCCCCAAUCAGAAACGCCCUCCCAGAUCCUGAACGACCUUCUGCAAUCACAUAUCUUAAGGUGCGAGGAGCUCUGGCCAUACAGGCUCAACUACCAAGGAUUGCACUGGAAGUGUGUUUUCAGGUCCGAUGAAGUCCGCCUGAGCAGCCUUUUCGAAAAGAUGGGACAAUACUUUGAAUUGUUUGAGAAGAAACUGCUCGUGCUCCGUAUUAGCGAGAGGUUUAGUAUUGCCAUCUACCUACCCAAAAGGAUUCCUAAGGAGGAUGACUUCCUAAUCGGGGACUCUGUCCGGCUGUUCGCGUUUCCGCAUUCUCACACAGACAUAACAGGCCACCGCAGACUGGUAAGCACCAAGGUCGGCUAUCGGCUUUAUUUCGACAAUACUAAGCUCGAACUUUACAACAAUCAUCGUAGGGACACCUUUGUGUUUCUGAAUCGCUCGCAGAAUAAUGACAAAGCAUACAAAAAUAUUGAAGGUGCUGCAAAUCGAGCUAGAGCAAUAGAAACGACAAUUGUCGAAGGCACAAACUACGACUGGCGAGCUAGCAUAGCAUUAGGAAAGUUUAGUUCGGGCCUUCAGCAACAGAUUGGACGAGUCAACCGUGAAGGAAUUCUCGCGGCGGAGAUUUACGUGAUAAGCAAUACCGACAUUAGAUCUCUUCAGACUCUAGAUCUCUGGCUCGAAAGCAUCGAUACUAUGAACAUUCAUCCUCUCUUCGACCGAGCUCCCUGCGAAUUCAGCAUUCCGGCGAAAGUUGAUACAGACUGGUCAGAGCAGUCAACCCUUGUGCAACGAGUUGCUCGAGACAGGCAAUUUGAGAAAUUAAGAGAACCUUCAGCAACUGCAAGCAUCUCGGACCUGCUCAAAUUUGCAUACAAGUCUCAUGACAUUAAGCUUGCUGCCGAGAUCUACGAUUACGUAAUACCAAAGGGGUUGAUAUUCUCCAACACUUUCUGCGAUCCAGCCCUAUUCCGGGAGUUGUUGGCCUUCCUUGUCUACAUGCCUGCCAAUGCUGCAGUCUUCACAAGAAUAUGCCCCUGGGAUGAACUCCCUUCUGCCCUUCGUCCGCUUCUGGUCCGAUCAGCUCCACAGAUCUUGCAAAGUCUUGUGCAGUGUACUAAUAUGAUGGAAGACUUGGUUUUGAGACCUUUCGAGGCGGUGCUCCGUGAGUUGGCUGAAUUGUCCACCACACUUAUCCAAGACCUUGUAGAGGGAAUCUCCCUACAGGUCUGGUCACCACAACUCUGUCUGGAACUGUUCCUGGAAAUAUUUGAGCCACUGAGCCCGCAUCUUAUGACUGGUUCUUCUUCAGUCACUUCUCAGUACUUCCUCCGCAAUCUCUUUGGCAUUGCCCUUGAUCAUUGCGAUGAAGCUGACGAGGCUGUAACUGCGCGGAGAGAGCUUUGGAAAUUUGACGAUACGAACACUGAUCGUGAAGAUUGCACUCUCAAAUCUCGAAGAAGGAUUGAUGCUCCUCAAAUGGAACGCCUGGCUGCAGGAGACCACGUCCGAUUCAAAAGAGUAAGUGAGCCAUCAAAUGUCUUCAUUGCCCAUGGAUCGGACUCUUUCGAUGCGCUUGUGGAAAAAGCCGAGCCAGGGCUAGUUACAUUUCGCUGUCUUCGUCAUCCCCCAGUUCAUAUCGAUCUCUGUCCUUGGGAGCUGAAGCAUUGUGGAUCCUUUGUGACUAGCCGUGCCAUGUUCGAUGCCUUGAAAGAAUUGGUCGAGAACGGCUCAGAAUGUUGUGGAGUCUACGAGCAAUUACUUUCCCUGCCCUUGAUCGCCUCGUCUACGGAAAGGCCAGAAGUGCCGUACCAAUAUAGGUCUGAACUGAACGAUAGCCAGAAUUCAGCAGUGAAUGCUUCCCUACAAGGGCCGCUGACAUGUCUCUGGGGACCUCCAGGUACCGGCAAAACCUACACUAUCGUUGCUCUGCUCCACAGUCUGCUCGCUCUGGAAUCUGGCGAGAGGAUACUAAUCACCGCUCCAACGCAUAACGCUGUCGACAACGUGCUAAGAAAAUAUGUCGAAACCUCUUCGGCAUCCAGCAACACGUUCAUACCCCCAGUGCGCGUUUCGACCGAUGUGCGAAAAGUCGCCGAUGACCUCAAGCAGUAUACAUGUGAUGCAUUGGAAGGCAAAGACAUCAACCAAUUCCCAGCCGCUCGCCGAAAAGCGUUGAAGAGAGUUCAGGAAGCUCGCUUGAUCUUCACCACCUGCGUUGGGGCGGGAGUUGGCCUCCUUCGCAAGGAAAAAUUCGCCAAUGUUAUCAUCGACGAGGCAUCUCAGCAGACAGAACCUGCUUCACUCAUUCCUUUGGUCAAGGGCUGUGAACGUGUUAUUCUUGUCGGUGAUCACGUUCAGCUUCGAGCAACUGUCGGGAAGCAUUCACAGCUGGUUGAUUUCGAUGUCUCCCUCUUCGAAAGGCUGUGGAAAUCCCCUAACGAAGUAGCCGUGCGGAAGGUAAUGCUGGAUACUCAAUAUCGAAUGCACCCUGAUAUCUGCCAAUUUCCUUCUGCGGAGUUCUAUGAGCACAAGCUACUGACGGGACCGUCUUGCCAUAAUAUCUUGCUAGCACAGUCGCUGUUCAAUUGGCCGUCGAGACGCAUGCAGAAUGGGAUUUGGAAACGAUCUCGCUGCGUGUUCAUUCAGUGUUCCCAUCCUGAAGACCUCGGCCAGAAAUCAAAAAGCAACAAAGGUCAAGCAGAUAUUUGCCGAGAAGUAUUCCAUCAGCUUUCUACGCCGGCGGCUUGCACCACUGUUCCGCCUGGUUCCCAAAACGUGGAAGAGCAUCCAAAGCAGUCCAUCGUUAUACUUACUCCAUAUACCAGACAAGCCGAGCUUCUGCGGAAACUCUGUCCGGGCGUAACAGUAUCCAGCAUUGAUGGAUUCCAGGGCCAGGAAGCCGACAUCGUGAUCUAUGUGACCGUUCGGUGCAACCUGCACGGCGAGACUGGCUUUCUCAAGGAUCUCAGACGCUUGAAUGUGGCACUGACAAGGGCGAAAGCUGGGCUGGUCGUUAUCGGUGAUAAAGAGACGUUGACAAUGCGCAAGGAGGAAGCUAGCGUGGCAGUAUGGACUCGCCUACUUGGUGCUCUGGUGAGGGUGGAUCUCAAGAAGUCGGGCGAGUGA